AGGACUUUUGAGGGCCUUGUAGCCAGAAUAUUUGAAGACAGCAGCCAAAUCCAUGGAUGUGUUGGCUCUGGGAUAAUGUGAUUAUUGAAUCGUUUAAUACGAUAUAGAAUAGCCUCUUUAUUAGCAGUCGAUUUUUGGAUAUUUGAUGUAGGUAGACGCUCGUGAUAUUUUGUUUUGGUGGUGUCACAAGAUUUCUGAGAAGUUGUGUGAGGGAGGAGUUGAAUGAUAUACUUGUCAUAUUAUAGUUAAAGUCGGUCGUUUGAUCGCCAUUAUUUAUUGAAUGCGUUAUUUGUAUGUGGUCUAAUGUUUGCUGUUUCGAGGUUGGAGAUGUGAUGAUACUUAUUGCCGUGCAUCGUUCCCGUCUCUACUUUGUCUCUCUACUCUGCCUCAUUUCACAUGACCGCCUCUGAACUUGUGAAUGCACUCACAGAACUAAAAUAGCCGGACGUGUUUAAUUUAUUGGAUAGGUGCAAUUCUGUAAACUUUUAACUCGUAUUUAAAGUUGUUAUUUGUGUUUGUUUCUGUGUGGGCGUGAUAAAAUAGUUCCUGUAUGAUUAUUUUCGAAGUCCUUGUUAGCUUGUGCGGCUGGUUUUAUUGCACCUCUUACACAUAAGAUGGAGGUUCAGUGUCAGCUUUAUCCUAAGAACUCGGAUCAUCAUAUGUGAGCUCUCGUUGGUACCUAUUUCAAAUCCAGCAAAAAUAAGGCUGCCAGUUGCUAACAAAGUUAUAUACUUUCCAGGUCGGCUUGUUUUCCUCUUGAUUCAAUCUUAAAAAUUGUUAAUUUCAUUCUUACAUAUAGCGCGUUUAAAGUAUCAAGAUAUUCUAGGAAAUUUAUAGGUGUGACGGUGUUUGGUCUUCGUCUGCACAGCAACCUUCAUCGCUGGAAUGGAAGUACUGAACAGCAACGUAGCGUUGUUGAGUAAUUACGAAGUGCUGGAAGUGCUGCAUGAAGUUCGCAGCGCCCAAGACAGUGAGGGCAGUAAGAAGUCAGUCAGCAAAUUACGCACCAAUCUUGCCAACAUCACCUACGAUGUCGAAAAAUACUUGCAAGGGACUGCUUGUUCCAGCCAGAGCCCCGAAGUUAUUAGAAAUUUUCUCAUAGCAACACGUUCUCUAAAAAUAACCAAAAUUGAAAAGCUUCAGAUCUUAAAUUUGCGCCCUACAUCUAUAGUCGAGCUUCAGCUUAUACUAGAAGAAGUUGAAGAGCGCUUCAGUGAGGAGGAGAUGCAAGAGAUGACCAACCUCAUCCAGGAGCUGCUGCCGCCCACAUCUGCUUCUCCACAGGCAGAACCACAGCCAACUUCUUGAUAGUCACAGGAUUUAUUUUAGCUGGCAUAAAGUUAAAUUUCGAAGUGUUUGCUUGAAUAAAUAUCAGCUAACUUUUCGGAUUAUCGUCCAAGAUUGUUCAGUACUUCCACACAUGAUAUGUCGGACUUAGCACCAUAAUUAAAACGCUUGACCUUAUUAAAAUAUGAAAAAAAGAGGGAAAGCAACAAGAGCUUUUCAUUACUCAUUUAUUGGUAAACCUAUGAACAGUUCUAUGUACUACUUGUUAAGAUUAGAAGAACAAGCCCCGCAUCUUGCGGCCAAGAGAAAGGCGUUCGUGCAAGAGGUUGAAACGGUUCAGGAACCUGUUGCAGGAAUUGCACGACUUCGUGAUGGCUCCCAAAUACGCCAGCAGGGCCACGUCGUUACUUUGCUGUUGAAGGACGAACAAUCGUUACAGUCUUAGUUCAAAAAUUUUCAAAUUGUGUUACAAUGAAAUCCAUCUUAAAUUCAUCAAGUAAU